AUGCGAGCGUAUGAGCUUCUCGAGUCUCGUCUGACUCUAAUUCGGAUUUCAGCGCCCCAGUGCGCCCGGUCUUCUCUCGCUCUUCUCUCGUUCGCUCUCCUCUCUGUCCCUUCUCGUCGCUUCGCUCUCGCAUACUCUCUCCUCGAUCUCUCUCUCUCUCCUCGCGCGCGCUCCGCUCUCGCUCCUCUCUCUCUUGCCUCUCCCGCGCUCUCUCGUCCGCUCUCUCUCUAGAGUCUCUCUCUCGCGCUCGCCGCUCGCUCUCCUCUCUUCGCUCGCUCUGCUCUCCUCUCUCUCGUUCUCCUGUCCUGCGCUCUUGUCUCCUCUCUCUGCCUCUCUCUCUCUCACGCCUCUCGCCGCUCUCUUCCUCUCCUCUCCUCUCUCUUGCUCUCUCUCCUCUCUCGCUCUCUUGCCUCCUCUUUCUCUCUCUAGCUCUCUCUGUCUCUACUCUCUCUUUCCUCUCUUUUCUCUCUCUGUCCCUCUUCUCUGCUCUCUCUCCUUCUGCUCUCUCUCUCUCUCUCUUUCGCUCGUUGUUUCGCGUUCUCUCGCUCUCUUGUCUCUUUCUUCUCCUCUCCUCUUUCCUUUUCUCGCUCGUCUUCUCUCUUCUCUCUACGUCUCUCGUCUCUUCUCGCUCGCUCUCUUCUCUCUCUCUGUUCUAUCUCUCUACUCGUGACCUGUACAGUAAAUGAAUCAAAUGAAACAGUCCACACAACGUGGACAUUUGUCUUUGCCUUCAAAGUUCAACACAAAAUAGAAACCUCAUCAGGAGCCGCUUGUCAUCAAGAUAAUUUAACAUGAACAUGAACUUUACCAAAAAGUGUACAAAAUGCAGUACUGCAGAGAGACAAGAGAGUUCAAAGGGUUAGAUUCCUAGACUAACCAAUUUUUUUUAAAAAAGGUCACAUUUUAAAUGUCAGGCCCAGGACAGUCAAAGCUAAGACCAACAAAGUAGAUGGAUGAAUCCUCUGGAAAUGGAGCAUCUGGAGCCACUGACCUUUAGGACCACAGAUAAAUCAACACAUUCUAGCCUUCAAAACAAAAUCUGUAGCACAGAGGGUUAAAGACAGGUCUGUGAUUAUGGCCUGAAACAUGCACACCCACCCACACGCACACACACACACACGCUCUUCAUCAGUGAUAUAUGUGUGUGUGUGUGGGCAGGGCGACCAUUUUGGUGAGAGCCGAUUCGUUCAAUCCAAAGCCAACAUGUAAAGAAUAUGAAAGAAUGCAUCAGUGAUUUUCUGAAGACGUAAAGGCAGUUAGCGAUGCCAAAAACAGUUAGCGAUGCCGAAAACAGUUAGCGAUGCCGAAAACAGUUAGCGAUGCCGAAACAGUUAGCGAUGCCGAAACAGUUAGCGAUGCCGAAACAGUUAGCGAUGCCGAAACAGUUAGCGAUGCCGAAAACAGUUAGCGAUGCCGAAAACAGUUAGCGAUGCCGAAACAGUUAGCGAUGCCGAAACAGUUAGCAUGCCGAAACAGUUAGCAAUGCCGAAACCAGUCUCUUGAGGUGCGCAAUUGAAAUUAGAACAUCCAAUUAGAAUAUGCAAUUUUGUUGUUUUUCUAUAAAUAAUUGUUUUAAGGCCCUGUUCAUAAACCAUUUCGUGGGUCGUUCCAAAACCACUUGCGGGCAUUUGUUUACACCUUGUUCAGUCAUGUUACCUCGGCUAAAUAACAACCUGGUUACUUCACCAGUAGUCUACUGAAUGUAGCCAUGGUAACAUUACCAGUACAUCUAAACAUCUGGGGACACACAGACAGAAAUGAAAAGGGAUCUCUUCUUCAGGAGAUCAAUGAUCACAGCAGUGAAUGACUCAUCUCUUACAUGUUGUCACUCAAACGGGACACUCUUAAAGAGACAGUGUAGAAUUUAAUGUAAUGCAUCUCAAGAGGUAGUGCUUUUAAACAAUGUAGAAACAUAUUCCACAAAUGACUGAAACAGAUUUCUGUAUCAACAUUAUAGCUUUUUUAUAAUUGCUACCCAUUAAAAAUGUUAAUGUAAAGCUCUCUGUGUGUGUGUGUGUGUGUGUGUGUGUGUUUGAUUGUUGUUAGAUGGGACACACCUAGCUAAUGUCUCUUAGUAGUUGGGCUCCGGGGCAGUAGCCAGCCACUUCUGAGGAGUGGUGCAAUAAAAUGGACCCCCUCCCUCCAGGGACAAUUUAAUUGGCCUUCCUCCUUUAACUCUGGACCUGGAUUUCAUCUUCAAGACACGGGGACACGACACAGUGUUGCAAUCUGAUGGCCAAGGUAGGCAGAGGUUCCUCAUAGCACUGUAUGUCUCGGUCUCAAUCCAACAAGGACUCAAUGACACUCAUCGUGUGUUUCGUCAUGAAUAUUCGAUGAGUCUUCCUGGCUCUUACUGUAGAAAUGAGGUCAGAGGUGGUUACCACAGUAACCACCACUACCUGGCUGACACUAAGCAGUGUCACUGACCGCAGGAAUGGACGUUUCCUCACUGAAAGACUUGUCAUCCACAACGCUAUGGUGCUACCUGACUAAUGGGACAGUCAGAGGUUGAAUCAUUCCCAAACACAGAAGGGGUCAGUCAGUGGUCAUCUUCCCAAAGGGCCAGUUAGUGGUCAUCUGCCCAAAGGGUCAGUCAGUGGUCAUCUGCCCAAAGGGCCAGUCAGUGGUCAUCUGCCCAAAGGGUCAGUCAGUGGUCAUCUGCCCAAAGGGUGAGUCAGUGGUCAUCUGCCCAAAGGGUCAGUCAGUGGUCAUCUGCCCAAAGGGUCAGUCAGUGGUCAUCUGCCCAAAGGGUCAGUCAGUGGUCAUCUGCCCAAAGGGUCAGUCAGUGGUCAUCUGCCCAAAGGGUCAGUCAGUGGUCAUCUGCCCAAAGGGUCAGUUAGUGGUCAUCUGCCUAACUGGCACUGUAAGAAGGUAGAAAGGCCAUCAAAGAAAACAGUCAGUUGAUUCUUCCAGACAUAACCAUACUUCUCAGAUUCCUGCUGCUGCUUUGUAAGCAUUCAUAUUACGUCCCAAAUGGCCCCCUAUUCCCUAUAUAGUGCACUACUUUAGCCCAUGGGCCCUGGUCAAAAGUAGUGCACUAUAAUAUAGGGAAUAGGGUACCAUUUGGGACGCACCCCAGUGUUUAAUCGCUCCAGUGAAGAGAACAUGAUGGAAAACGUUGCCUGUCAGGUUCACUUCUGUUCUGAAGGGGGACAAAGCCCUGUUCUGAAGGGGGACAAAGCCCUGUUCUGAAGGGGGACAAAGUCCUGUUCUGAAGGGGGACAAAGCCCUGUUCUGAAGGGGGACAAAGCCCUGUUCUGAAGGGGGACAAAGUCCUGUUCUGAAGGGGGACAAAGUCCUGUUCUGAAGGGGGACAAAGCCCUGUUCUGAAGGGGGACAAAGUCCUGUUCUGAAGGGGGACAAAGUCCUGUUCUGAAGGGGGGCAAAGUCCUGUUCUGAAGGGGGACAAAGUCCUGUUCUGAAGGGGGACAAAGUCCUGUUCUGAAGGGGGACAAAGUCCUGUUCUGAAGGGGGACAAAGUCCUGUUCUGAAGGGGGACAAAGUCCUGUUCUGAAGGGGGACAAAGUCCCUGUUCUGAAGGGGGACAAAGUCCUGUUCUGAAGGGGGACAAAGUCCUGUUCUGAAGGGGGACAAAGUCCUGUUCUGAAGGGGGACAAAGUCCUGUUCUGAAGGGGGACAAAGUCCUGUUCUGAAGGGGGACAAAGUCCUGUUCUGAAGGGGGACAAAGUCCUGUUCUGAAGGGGGACAAAGCCCUGUUCUGAAGGGGGACAAAGUCCUGUUCUGAAGGGGGACAAAGUCCUGUUCUGAAGGGGGACAAAGUCCUGUUCUGAAGGGGGACAAAGCCCUGUUCUGAAGGGGGACAAAGUCCUGUUCUGAAGGGGGACAAAGCCCUGUUCUGAAGGGGGACAAAGUCCUGUUCUGAAGGGGGACAAAGCCCUGUUCUGAAGGGGGACAAAGUCCUGUUCUGAAGGGGGACAAAGUCCUGUUCUGAAGGGGGACAAAGUCCUGUUCUGAAGGGGGACAAAGUCCUGUUCUGAAGGGGGACAAAGCCCUGUUCUGAAGGGGGACAAAGCCCUGUUCUGAAGGGGGACAAAGUCCUGUUCUGAAGGGGGACAAAGUCCUGUUCUGAAGGGGGACAAAGUCCUGUUCUGAAGGGGGACAAAGCCCUGUUCUGAAGGGGGACAAAGUCCUGUUCUGAAGGGGGACAAAGCCCUGUUCUGAAGGGGGACAAAGUCCUGUUCUGAAGGGGGACAAAGCCCUGUUCUGAAGGGGGACAAAGUCCUGUUCUGAAGGGGGACAAAGUCCUGUUCUGAAGGGGGACAAAGUCCUGUUCUGAAGGGGGACAAAGUCCUGUUCUGAAGGGGGACAAAGUCCUGUUCUGAAGGGGGACAAAGCCCUGUUCUGAAGGGGGACAAAGCCCUGUUCUGAAGGGGGACAAAGUCCUGUUCUGAAGGGGGACAAAGCCCUGUUCUGAAGGGGGACAAAGCCCUGUUCUGAAGGGGGACAAAGUCCUGUUCUGAAGGGGGACAAAGUCCUGUUCUGAAGGGGGACAAAGUCCUGUUCUGAAGGGGGACAAAGUCCUGUUCUGAAGGGGGACAAAGUCCUGUUCUGAAGGGGGACAAAGUCCUGUUCUGAAGGGGGACAAAGCCCUGUUCUGAAGGGGGACAAAGCCCUGUUCUGAAGGGGGACAAAGUCCUGUUCUGAAGGGGGACAAAGUCCUGUUCUGAAGGGGGACAAAGUCCUGUUCUGAAGGGGGACAAAGCCCUGUUCUGAAGGGGGACAAAGCCCUGUUCUGAAGGGGGACAAAGCCCUGUUCUGAAGGGGGACAAAGUCCUGUUCUGAAGGGGGACAAAGCCCUGUUCUGAAGGGGGACAAAGCCCUGUUCUGAAGGGGGACAAAGCCCUGUGAAGAUUGUGAAAAGGUCCCGGGGCAGUGUUCGGUGCGCUAGAACAAUGCUACAUUAAAUUCCAUCUCUACUAAGUUGUGUUCCAUUGAAAGGAGCCCAUCCCAGCAGCUGUCUGACUUUUAAUAUUAUUACACAAUCUAGCUUUUACUUGGCAAGGAAACGUCUCCUCUCUUCUCCUUCGUGCCAGGACGAUCCAUCUAGCUAGCACUCCCUUUCCUUUCAUCAAGAGUAGCUCCUCCAACACACACACACACACACACACACACACACACACACACACACACACACACACACACACACACACACAGGAGAGAGGGGGAGAGAGAGGGGGGGAGAGAGAGAGAGAGAGGGGGAGAGAGACAGAGAGAGAUAUGCUAACUCUGUGUUGUUGUUUUUAUCGCACUGCUUUGCUUUAUCUUGGCCAGGUCGCAGUUGUAAAUGAGAACUUGUUCUCAACUGGCUUAUCUGGUUAAAUAAAGGUUAAAUAAAUAAAUAAAAAAUAAAAUGCCGUAAAGGGGGGUUCAGUGCUUGUGAAUAAUUUCAAAACGGACCAUUCAUUUAGCUAAGGACAACAAUACAUGGUAACAUAAAGCAUUCUCAGUAUCUCAGCCACGAUACAUGGUAACAUAAAGCAUUGUCAGUAUCUCAGCCACGAUCGAGGCAGAAGACAACAGUUGUUUAAGACUGGUGCCAUCCUGUAGGUUAACACACACACCGCCAGCCAGAUGAAGAUCAACCAUCACAGGCCUCAAGCCACAAACUUUGAGCGACUAUGUGCUGCUGGCGGUAUGUUUGCUACGGAGCUGCUGCCGAAAGGAAAACACUCACAGUGGCCCCCCAGUGGCCCUCUUCUCCUCUCCCAGGAAGGGCGCGGUACUCUCUCAUGUGUUACUAUGUAAUUAUGAGCCAUUCACAAUAUGAAUGACACACACACACACACACACAGGGAAAACACUGCUAACACAAUACAUAGCCGCUUAAAUCACAACGGUGCAUCCCAAAUGGCACCCUAUUCCCUAUAUAGUGCGCUACCAUAAGGCUCUGGUCUAAAGUAGUGCACUAUGUAGGGAAUAGGGUGCCAUUUGGGACAAAGUCAGCCAUUUAAAAAGGGUACUACACCUAAAAUGUCUCAGAAUGUCUGCCCCACGUGGAAGAUGGGUGAAUUGCAACAGCACUAGGCUGCAUUCAAAACAAAUCUCCCCGCAUCCCAUUUCCUGUAACAUGGCGGAGACUCGCGUUUCAGCCUUUUAAAUUUCGAACAGCUGUAAAAACUAUAUUUUCUGUUAUUGAGAAGAUAUUUCACAGCGAUUUAGAUGGUACAAUGAUUCCCUACACUAUACAGUGCUUGUUUUCUCAUAGGGCGGCAGGUAGCUUAGUGGUUAAGAGCGUUGUGCCAGUAACCGAAAGGUCGCUGGUUCUAAUCCCCGAGCCGACUAGGUGAAAAAACUGUCUGUGCCCUUGAGCAAGGCACUUAACCCUAAUUGCUCCUGUAAAUCGCUCUGGAUAAGAGCGUCUGCUAAAUGACCAAUUUAUUUUUUAUUUUAUUAUAAUCUGAAAUUGAGCGAACAGUGUAGAAUUUUUGCAACCAGGAAAUGACAGAGCGAUUUCUCCAUUGGCCACUUGACCCAAUUUCCACUAGAUAACACAGCCACAAAGUCAGAACAGCUUUCCCAUUUUGACAACAGAUGCCGUUCCGGCGGGAGAAAUCAAUAGGCGAAUAUCACAGCCAAUCACAACACUGGCGGAUAAGUAAUACUGUGAAACACUGUCAUUCCACUGUUAUUGCAGAUAUAUUAUGGACUUUUCAUGAAAUUACAAUGCAAAAAUUCUAAAAUGCUUUGGGAGAACCAGGUAGCGUGAGUACAUAGCUCCACAGACAGACAGACAUACACUAUAGUUGACUACUCAGACAGUCAGUCCAGUCACUACAGUUGACUACUCAGACAGACAGUCAGUCACUACAGUUGACUACUCAGACAGUCAGUCAGUCAGUCACUACAGUUGACUACUCAGACAGUCAGUCAGUCACUACAGUUGACUACUCAGACAGUCAGUCAGUCACUACAGUUGACUACUCAGACAGUCAGCCAGUCACUACAGUUGACUACUCAGACAGUCAGUCAGCCAGUCACUACAGUUGACUACUCAGACAGUCAGUCAGUCACUACAGUUGACUACUCAGACAGUCAGUCAGUCAGCCAGUCACUACAGUUGACUACUCAGUACAGUCAGCCAGUCACUACAGUUGACUACUCAGACAGUCAGCCAGUCACUACAGUUGACUACUCAGUCAGUCAGUCAGUCACUACAGUUGACUACUCAGUCAGUCAGCCAGUCACUACAGUUGACUACUCAGACAGUCAGCCAGUCACUAUAGUUGACUACUCAGACAGACAGCCAGUCACUAUAGUUGACUACUCAGACAGUCAGUCAGUCAGUCAGUCACUACAGUUGACUACUCAGACAGUCAGUCAGUCAGUCAGUCACUACAGUUGACUACUCAGACAGUCAGUCAGUCACUACAGUUGACUACUCAGACAGUCAGUCAGUCAGCCAGUCACUACAGUUGACUACUCAGACAGUCAGUCAGUCACCAGUCACUACAGUUGACUCACAGUCAGACAGUCAGCCAGUCACUACAGUUGACUACUCAGACAGUCCAGUCAGCAGUCACUACAGUUGACUACUCAGACAGUCAGCCAGUCACUACAGUUGACUACUCAGACAGUCAGCCAGUCACUACAGUUGACUACUCAGACACAGUCAGCCAGUCACUACAGUUGACUACUCAGACAGUCAGCCAGUCACUACAGUUGACUACUCAGACAGUCAGCCAGUCACUACAGUUGACUACUCAGACAGUCAGUCAGCAGUCACUACAGUUGACUACUCAGCAGUCAGCAGUCACUACAGUUGACUACUCAACAGAUCAGUCAGCCAGUCACUACAGUUGACUACUCAGACAGUCAGCCAGUCACUACAGUUGACUACUCAGUCAGUCAGCAGUCACACAGUUGACUACUCAGACAGUCAGUCGUCACUACAGUUGACUACUCAGACAGUCAGUCAGUCACUACAGUUGACUACUCAGACAGUCAGUCAGUCACUACAGUUGACUACUCAGACAGUCAGUCAGUCAGCCAGUCACUACAGUUGACUACUCAGACAGUCAGUCAGCCAGUCACUACAGUUGACUACUCAGACAGUCAGCCAGUCACUACAGUUGACUACUCAGACAGUCAGUCAGUCACUACAGUUGACUACUCAGACAGUCAGUCAGCAGUCACUACAGUUGACUACUCAGACAGUCAGUCAGUCAGCCAGUCACUACAGUUGACUACUCAGACAGUCAGCCAGUCACUACAGUUGACUACUCAGACAGUCAGUGCCAGUCACUACAGUUGACUACUCAGACAGUCAGCCAGUCACUACAGUUGACUACUCAGACAGUCAGUCAGUCAGCCAGUCACUACAGUUGACUACUCAGACAGUCAGUCAGUCAGCCAGUCACUACAGUUGACUACUCAGACAGUCAGUCAGCCAGUCACUACAGUUGACUACUCAGACAGUCAGUCAGUCACUACAGUUGACUACUCAGACAGUCAGUCAGCCAGUCACUACAGUUGACUACUCAGACAGUCAGCCAGUCACUACAGUUGACUACUCAGACAGACAGUCAGUCAGCCAGUCACUACAGUUGACUACUCAGUCAGUCAGCCAGUCACUACAGUUGACUACUCAGUCAGUCAGCCAGUCACUACAGUUGACUACUCAGGACAGUCAGCCAGUCACUACAGGUUGACUACUCAGUCAGUCAGCCAGUCACUACAGUUGACACUCACGUCAGCCCGUCACUACAGUGACUACUCAGUCAGUCAGCCAGUCACUACAGGUUGACUACUCAGUCAGUCAGCCAGUCAACUACAGUUGACUACUCAGUCAGUCAGCCAGUCACUACAGUUGACUACUCAGUCAGUCAGCCAGUCACUACAGUUGACUACUCAGUCAGUCAGCCAGUCACUACAGUUGACUACUCAGUCAGUCAGCCAGUCACUACAGUUGACUACUCAGUCAGUCAGCCAGUCACUACAGUUGGACUAUCAGUCAGUCAGCCAGUCACUACAGUUGACUACUCAGACAGUCAGCCAGUCACUACAGUUGACUACUCAGACAGUCAGCCAGUCACUACAGUUGACUCCACUUACAGGCUUGACAAGGAGUCAAGAGAGAAGAAAAUUGGAGCGUUGUUAUUUUUAAUGAAUAAAAACACUAAGCUUCUGUCUGUGGCAGGUUGGUAGGUGACUUGGUGUUUUUUUUUAAUCAAGAGUAAAAACCGUGACUUGUUUGAUUUGUUAUUUGUUGAUAAAUGACAUUCUUUAGAAAAGCCACCCCCAACACCUUGUCCUUCCUGACACCAAAGACCGUUCCAACUGUGUGCACCAGAUAGAUACAAUGAAUCAAACCCUCUUUUUCAUCCCCUGUAACUGCAAUGGACAACAGCAUGUGUGAUCAUGAGACAUCCUGUAUAUUUCAAAUGGUUGCAACUUGCGUGUAAUGCACAUUCAUUAGCCUACCGAACACACACACACACACGCACAGUGCAGCACACCUGCAUAACUGUGUGUGUCUGUGUGUCUGUGUGUGUCUGUGUGUGUCUGUGUGUUUCUGUGUGACUGUGUUUCUACUCCAUCUCUCACCAGAGGUACUCCAACCCAACACACACAAACAGACUGUUCUCCUCCCAGCAACACGUCUCAGGUACAGGUUGAGACAGGCCUAUGCUGUGGCGUUCCUUCCCCCUGGUGGCUGCGGGCUCAUGCCAAAUCAAGUUCUGACAGAGCUGGGCCUUUAAACAGGCAGGGCUUGGCGCCUCCAGUCUUGUCCUCUUCAUACCUGACAUGUAGCAUCAUGUCUUCAGCAGCUUCUCACCAACUUGGCUCAAUUCUACCAAAAUGCAAAAAGGAGGGUUUGUCUUUUAUUUUAUUUUCUGUCCAGAGGAGAAACACCUGCCUCUUGUUGAAGAAGAAGAAGAAACAGGAAUGAACGGACGUAUAAUCUCCUCCUUGUUAGCGAUUUAUUUCCUGUGAAACCAUUUCAUUGUUUUUUCAUCACAUGUUUUGGAAGACAUGUUUCUGAAAACAUAAUCCAAAAGAGGAAAAAGUAUUUCUGUGUGUUGCAAAGAUAAUUUGGGAAGCAGUGUCGAAAGGGAGCUCUCACUAAGAACAUCAGCGUACAAAAAUCUCUGCAAUGGUUGUAGAAACGUAUGACGCUGCCAUCCCAGGUGUCUGGGUAACGUUGUACUGGGAUGUGACAUGUUUAUCUAGCCAGAUCUGGGAUGGUGGCCAGGGAUAAGAAUCUGUCACUCUUGGGAUUAGCCAAUUCGUUUUUAGAGCUACAGUUUAACAACCAAUCACAUCUCUGUGAUAAGUAGUGAGCGUUGCUACAUCCAAAAGUGAACGUCAACACAUCAACUGCCAUGCUAUCAUUUAAUACGUACAGAGGGGUGUGUUAGCAGAAAAAGUAUUUUAUUAACAAAUACAUUAGUUUUACAGAACUUUUUCUUGCAGUUUUACAGCUAAUUUCCUGCAAUUCUACACAUUUUGCCAUGACUUAUUCCAUGUUAAUAUGAUAUCUGAGUGAGAGUGGCUAACAAAAUCAAUGGGGGCCCCCUGGAGGUCAGGGCCCCUGGAGGUCAGGCCCCCUGGAGGUCAGGGCCCCUGGAGGUCAGGGCCCCUGGAGGUCAGGGCCCCCUGGAGGUCAGGGCCCCCUGGAGGUCAGGGCUCCUGGAGGUCAGGGCCCCUGGAGGUCAGGGCCCCCUGGAGGUCAGGGCCCCCUGGAGGUCAGGGCCCCUGGAGGUCAGGGCCCCUGGAGGUCAGGCCCCCUGGAGGUCAGGGCCCCCUGGAGGUCAGGGCCCCUGGAGGUCAGGGCCCCUGGAGGUCAGGCCCCCUGGAGGUCAGGGCCCCUGGAGGUCAGGGCCCCCUGGAGGUCAGGGCCCCUGGAGGUCAGGGCCCCCUGGAGGUCAGGGCCCCUGGAGGUCAGGGCCCCCUGGAGGUCAGGGCCCCCUGGAGGUCAGGGCCCCUGGAGGUCAGGGCCCCCUGGAGGUCAGGGCCCCCUGGAGGUCAGGGCCCCUGGAGGUCAGGGCUCCUGGAGGUCAGGGCCCCUGGAGGUCAGGGCCCCUGGAGGUCAGGGCCCCUGGAGGUCAGGGCAAGGUUUUUUAAAUUACAUUAUUUAUGACUGAGGCCUCGUGUCCUCAUAUGUAGCUAUGGCCCAUUAUAGCCUGGGUAACCUCCUAAUGCCACUACUGCUGUAUAACGGUGUUCCAUUAUAGCCUGGGUAACCUCCUAAUGCCACUACUGCUGUUUAACGGUGUUCCAUUAUAGCCUGGGUAACCUCCUAAUGCCACUACUGCUGUUUAACGGUGUUCCAUUAUAGCCUGGGUAACCUCCUAAUGCCACUGCUGCUGUAUAACGGUGUUCCAUUAUAGCCUGGGUAACCUCCUAAUGCCACUGCUGCUGUAUAACGGUGUUCCAUUAUAGCCUGGGUAACCUCCUAAUGCCACUGCUGCUGUUUAACAGUGUUCCAUUAUAGCCUGGGUAACCUCCUAAUGCCACUACUGCUGUUUAACGGUGUUCCAUUAUAGCCUGGGUAACCUCCUAAUGCCACUACUGCUGUUUAACGGUAUUCCAUUAUAGCCUGGGUAACCUCCUAAUGCCACUGCUGCUGUAUAACGGGGUUCCAUUAUAGCCUGGGUAACCUCCUAUUGUUCAGGGAAGAAAACACGGUCAAUAAUAAUAAUAAAAACCAGUUUGAAAAUGGGCCUUUUCCAGACUGCAGCAUUAUGGAGAAAUAAUUUAUUUUAAACCCUGGCUUCUUUCUUUCCCUUCUCCCUGAUGUUGUUUCCCAGCUGUAUGUUUGAGGGCUUGUGUCUCUCAGUUCGGGGCGAGUCUAGACAGGUUCGUUGACAUAAACAAGUCUCAGCCCCAUCUCUAAGGCGUGGGACGAGCCCUGGCCCCGCAGAUGUUCCCGGGACAGGUUGCGUCUUGCCUAACGCUGUUCCCAGGAACACUCUUCUCUUUGAGCGGUUGGUUCUCUGAGAGGGCCCUCCUCCUGCGGUGAAAUGGGAGACGCCACGGCAGUCGAGAGCUAAAGCUCAACUCCCUCAGAACAAAGACGGAGCACCGAGGCACGCGAACGUACACACACACACAGAGCUCUCUCACACCCCGUGCCAGCCCGGAGCGCAGGGAUCAGCAGAGAGGUUUCCACACUUCUCUCCAGGUCCUCAAUCCAUUACAGUAAUCCUCCCCCCGAGCCCUACACAGCCCAGACCAUCAUCACAUUCCUCCACUCUACCUGAGACCUAGGAAGUGGCUCAAACGGCACCCUAUUCCCUGUGUAGUGCACAACUGUUGAUCAGGGCUAGUUGAGGCAACAGUUUGGCUCUUGUCAAAAGUAGUGCACUACAAAGGCAAAAUGGUGCCGUUUGGUACGCAAGCCUAGCCUACCUGGUGGCAGGUAAAACACUAGACAAACCCCACCUCACGCUGUUCAACCUCACACUAGACAAACCCCACCUCACGCUGUUCAACCUCACACUAGACAAACCCCACCUCACGCUGUUCAACCUCACACUAGACAAACCCAAUCUCACGCUGUUCAACCUCACACUAGACAAACCCCACCUCACGCUGUUCAACCUCACACUAGACAAACCCCACCUCACGCUGUUCAACCUCACACUAGACAAACCCCACCUCAAGCUGUUCAACCUCACACUAGACAAACCCCACCUCAAGCUGUUCAACCUCACACUAGACAAACCCCACCUCACGCUGUUCAACCUCACACUAGACAAACCCCACCUCACGCUGUUCAACCUCACACUAGACAAACCCCACCUCACGCUGUUCAACCUCCCACUAGACAAACCCCACCUCACGCUGUUCAACCUCACACUAGACAAACCCCACCUCACGCUGUUCAACCUCACACUAGACAAACCCCACCUCACGCUGUUCAACCUCGCACUAGACAAACCCAAUCUCACGCUGUUCAACCUCACACUAGACAAACCCCACCUCACGCUGUUCAACCUCACACUAGACAAACCCCACCUCACGCUGUUCAACCUCACACUAGACAAACCCCACCUCACGCUGUUCAAGCUCACACUAGACAAACCCCACCUCACGCUGUUCAAGCUCACACUAGACAAACCCCACCUCACGCUGUUCAACCUCACACUAGACAAACCCCACCUCACGCUGUUCAAGCUCACACUAGACAAACCCCACCUCACGCUGUUCAACCUCACACUAGACAAACCCCACCUCACGCUGUUCAACCUCACACUAGACAAACCCCACCUCACGCUGUUCAACCUCACACUAGACAAACCCCACCUCACGCUGUUCAACCUCACACUAGACAAACCCAAUCUCACGCUGUUCAACCUCACACUAGACAAACCCCACCUCACGCUGUUCAACCUCACACUAGACAAACCCCACCUCACGCUGUUCAACCUCACACUAGACAAACCCCACCUCACGCUGUUCAAGCUCACACUAGACAAACCCCACCUCACGCUGUUCAACCUCACACUAGACAAACCCAACCUCACGCUGUUCAACCUCACACUAGACAAACCCCACCUCACGCUGUUCAACCUCACACUAGACAAACCCCACCUCACGCUGUUCAACCUCACACUAGACAAACCCAACCUCACGCUGUUCAACCUCACACUAGACAAACCCCACCUCACGCUGUUCAACCUCACACUAGACAAACCCCACCUCACGCUGUUCAACCUCACACUAGACAAACCCCACCUCACGCUGUUCAACCUCACACUAGACAAACCCCACCUCACGCUGUUCAACCUCACACUAGACAAACCCCACCUCACGCUGUUCAACCUCACACUAGACAAACCCCACCUCACGCUGUUCAACCUCACACUAGACAAACCCCACCUCACGCUGUUCAACCUCACACUAGACAAACCCAAUCUCACACUGUUCAACCUCACACUAGACAAACCCAACCUCACGCUGUUCAACCUCACACUAGACAAACCCAAUCUCACGCUGUUCAACCUCACACUAGACAAACCCCACCUCACGCUGUUCAACCUCACACUAGACAAACCCCACCUCACGCUGUUCAACCUCACACUAGACAAACCCCACCUCACGCUGUUCAACCUCACACUAGACAAACCCAAUCUCACGCUGUUCAACCUCACACUAGACAAACCCCACCUCACGCUUUUCAACCUCACACUAGACAAACCCAAUCUCACGCUGUUCAACCUCGCACUAGACAAACCCCACCUCACGCUGUUCAACCUCACACUAGACAAACCCAAUCUCACACUGUUCAACCUCACACUAGACAAACCCAACCUCACGCUGUUCAACCUCACACUAGACAAACCCAAUCUCACGCUGUUCAACCUCACACUAGACAAACCCCACCUCACGCUGUUCAACCUCACACUAGACAAACCCCACCUCACGCUGUUCAAGCUCACACUAGACAAACCCAAUCUCACGCUGUUCAACCUCACACUAGACAAACCCAACCUCACGCUGUUCAACCUCACACUAGACAAACCCAAUCUCACGCUGUUCAACCUCACACUAGACAAACCCAACCUCACGCUGUUCAACCUCACACUAGACAAACCCAAUCUCACGCUGUUCAACCUCACACUAGACAAACCCCACCUCACGCUGUUCAACCUCACACUAGACAAACCCCACCUCACGCUGUUCAACCUCACACUAGACAAACCCCACCUCACGCUGUUCAACCUCGCACUAGACAAACCCCACCUCACGCUGUUCAACCUCACACUAGACAAACCCCACCUCACGCUGUUCAACCUCACACUAGACAAACCCCACCUCACGCUGUUCAAGCUCACACUAGACAAACCCAACCUCACGCUGUUCAACCUCACACUAGACAAACCCCACCUCACGCUGUUCAACCUCACACUAGACAAACCCCACCUCAUGCUGUUCAACCUCACACUAGACAAACCCCACCUCACGCUGUUCAACCUCACACUAGACAAACCCCACCUCACGCUGUUCAACCUCACACUAGACAAACCCCACCUCACGCUGUUCAACCUCACACUAGACAAACCCCACCUCACGCUGUUCAACCUCACACUAGACAAACCCCACCUCACGCUGUUCAACCUCACACUAGACAAACCCCACCUCACGCUGUUCAACCCAUGAAUAUACAGUAGCUGCAAAGAGAAAACAGCCAAAUAGCAAAUAGUUAAACUGAACAAAAAUAUAAACACAACAUGCAACAAUUUCAAAGAUUUUACUGAGUUACAGUUCAUAUAAGGAAAUCAGUCAAUUUAAAUAAAUAAAUUUGGCUGUAAUCUAUGGAUUUCACAUGACUGGGAAUACAGAUAUGCAUCUGUUGGUCACAGAUACCUUAAAAAAAAAAUAGGGUCGUGGAUCAGAAAACCAGUCAGUAUCUGGUGCGACCACAAUUUGCCUCAUGCAGCGCGACACAUCUCCUUCAUAUAGAGUUGAUCAGGCUGUUGAUUGUGGCCUGUGGAAUGUUGUCCCACUCCUCUUCAAUGGCUGUGUGAAGUUGCUGGAUAUUGGCGGGAACUGGAACACGCUGUCGUACACGUCAAUCCAGAGCAUCCCAAACAUGCUCAAUGGGUGACAUGUCUGGUGAGUAUGCAGGCCAUGGAAGAACAGGGACAUUUUCAGCUUCCAGGAAUUGUGUACAGAUCCUUGCAACAUGGGGCUGUGCAUUAUCAUGCUGAAACAUUUAUUUAUUUAUUUCACCUUUAUUUAACCAGGUAAGCCAGUUGAGAACAGGUUCUCAUUUACAACUGCGACCUGGCCAAGAUAAAGCAAAGCAGUGCAAUAAAAACAACACAGAGUUACAUAUGGGGUAAAAAAUAUAAAGUCAAAAAUACAACAGAAAAUAUAUAUACAGUGUGUGCAAAUGUAGCAAGUUAUGGAGGUAAGGCAAUAAAUAGGCUAUAUAGUGCAGAAUAAUUACAAUAGUAUUAACACUGGAAUGCUAGAUGUGCAAGAGAUUAUGUGCAAAUAGAGAUACUGGGGUGCAAAAGAGCAAAAUAAAUAACAAUAUAGGGAUGAGGUAGUUGGGUGGGCUAAUUUCAGAUGGGCUGUGUACAGGUGCAGUGAUCGGUAAGGUGCUCUGACAACUGAUGCUUGGGGUGAUGGCGGCUGAUGAAUGGCACGACAAUGGCCCUCAGGAUCUCAUCACGGUAUCUCUGUGCAUUCAAAUUGCCAUUGAUAAAAAUGCAAUUGUGUUCGUUGUCCAUAGCUUAUUCCUGCCCAAAACAUAACCCCACCGCCACCAUGGGGCACUCUGUUCUCAACACUGACAUCAGCAAACUGCUCGACCACACGACACCAUACACAUUGUCUGCCAUCUGCCCAGUACAGUUGAAACCAGGAUUCAUCCAUGAAGGGCACAUUUCUCCAGCAGGCCAGUGAGCAUUUGCCCACUGAAGUCGGUUACGACGCCGGACUGCAGUCAGGUCAAGACCCUGGUGAGGACAACGAGCACGCAGAUGAGCUUCCCUGAGAUGGUUUCUGACAGUUUGUGCAGAAAUUCUUUAGUUGUGCAAACCCACAGUUUCAUCAGCUCUCCAGGUGGCUGGUCUCAGACGAUCCCGCAGGUGAAGAAGCCAGAUGUGGAGGUCCUGGACUGGUGUGGUUACACGUGGUCUGCGGUUUUGAGGACGGAUGGAUGUUUUGCCAAAUUCUCUAAAAUUAUAGAGGUGGCUUGUGGUAGAGAAAUUAACUUUCAAUUAUCUGGCAACAGCUCUGUUUGGCAUUCCUGCAGUCAGCAUGCCAAUUGCACGCUCCCUCAAAACAUGAGACAUCUGUGGCAUUGUGUUGUUUAACAAAACUGCACAUUUUAGAGUGGCACAAGGUGCACCUAUGUGAUGAUCAUGCUGUUUAAUCAGCUUCUAGAUAUGCCACACCUGUCAGGUGGAUGGAUUAUCUUGGCAAAGGAGAAACACUCACUAAAAGGGAUGCAAAGACAUUUGUGCCCAAAUUGAGAGAAAUAAACUUUUUGUGCGUAUGGAAAAUGUCUAGGAUCUUUUAUUUCAGCUCAUGAAACAUGGGACCAACACUUUAAAUGUUGCGUUUUAUAUUUUUAUUCAGUAUAUAUAUAUAUACUGAUGCACCUAGGGCAUUUGUCUUUGGGUCAUUGAACCACACCAUAAAGGACAGCGUAUGUUUUGUCUCAUUGAACCACACCAUAAAGGACAGAGUAUGUUUUGUCUCAUUGAACCACACCAUAAAGGACAGAGUAUGUUUUGUCUCAUUGAACCACACCAUAAAGGACAGAGUAUGUUUUGGCUCAUUGAACCACACCAUAAAGGACAGAGUAUGUUUUGUCUCAUUGAACCACACCAUAAAGGACAGAGUAUGUUUUGUCUCAUUGAACCACACCAUAAAGGACAGAGUAUGUUUUGUCUCAUUGAACCACACCAUAAAGGACAGCGUAUGUUUUGUCUCAUUGAACCACACCAUAAAGGACAGAGUAUGUUUUGUCUCAUUGAACCACACCAUAAAGGACAGAGUAUGUUUUGUCUCAUUGAACCACACCAUAAAGGACAGAGUAUGUUUUGGCUCAUUGAACCACACCAUAAAGGACAGAGUAUGUUUUGGCUCAUUGAACCACACCAUAAAGGACAGAGUAUGUUUUGUCUCAUUGAACCACACCAUAAAGGACAGAGUAAGACAGAACACACAGAGACAGAACACAGAACACACAGAGACAGAACACAGAACACACAGAGACAGAACACAGAACACAGAUCACACAGAGACAGAACACAGAACACACAGAGACAGAACACAGAACACAGAUCACACAGAGACAGAACACAGAACACACAGAGACAGAACACAGAACACACAGAGACAGAACACAGAACACACAGAGACAGAACACAGAACACACAGAGACAGAACACAGAACACAGAACACACAGAGACAGAACACAGUGCACUAAGGGGCCGAUUCAGACGUAGGAAUUUACACCUUUCCUACGCACUUCUCAGUAUUUGGUAUUCAGACGUACCUUAUUCAGUCAGCUUGCGCACUCUGAAUGAAUGUAAUUCAACCGCUGAAAACCCUACCACUUGCUGGCCAACAGAUAUUCUCGUGGAGUUUUUAUUUAAUAAGGUUUUCAGAACAUUUAUCUUAAGCCAUCCCUUUAAAUACGGUGAACCUUUUUAGUUAGAAUUUUGUCGACAGACUCACUAGAAUAUAUAGAGAGAAUGGGUUCAGAAUAUUAGGGAUCAAUGAAAGAAAGCCAUCUAAAUAUAUGCACAUUCGUCUGCGUUUCAGCACCAAUUGGUAGAUGUAAAAAUACUGUGAUCUUGUAGAUUAUUUAGGUUUAGGAGAGUAUUCGAGUUAAAAGAGCCUUGGAGAGCCUUUACUCACAAAAGAAAGAAACGGUGGUUUGAUUCAUUCUGAAAAUUGCCACAUUCAGUUCUUCAACCCAUGGUGCUGUUGGAAGAUUAGUGUACAUAGAGUUAUAAUAGGGAGAAUAGUGUCCAAUAGUAGGCUACACCCUCGUCUGUUGCCUGCACUAACCAUGGAAAUGUGUGAUGACAGGGCCAAGUAUCUCACCAUGCAUCAGGUUCAAACUGUUAGGGCCUUGUCUGCGCUCCACAAAAAUGUCUAUUUUUUUUUUAAAUCAUCAACUUUACAAAGGAAGCAAAUGAAGGUGAACUAAACAAUGUAAUUCAAUGGAAUGAUAAUGUAGGCUAUACCAACUGAAGGAACUAAUAAUGUAAUUAAAUGUAAUGAUAAUGUAGGCUAUACCAACUGAAGGAACUAAUAAUGUAAUUAAAUGGAAUGAUAAUGUAGACUAUACCAACUGAAGGGAACUAACAAUGUAAUUAAAUGGAAUGAUAAUGUAGACUAUACCAACUGAAAGGAACUAAUAAUGUAAUUAAAUGGAAUGAUAAUGUAGACUAUACCAACUGAAAGGAACUAGCAGUAAAUUGGCAGUUGAAUGUGUUGUUAUUAGGACUACCGAUGGUCCAUACUGAUAGUGGAUAAUAUUUAUCAUAGAAACAGGAAACAGAGGAAGUCGGGAUAGACUAUAAUUAAGACAUUAGAGAUCCCUGCAAGUUAAAAGGCCGUACAAUUUAAAUUCUGAUGGAACAGCAUUUCAUCAACUUUACUUCGGGAAAGUUGAUAUGCUUCAGUUUGCUGCCAUAUGACUGGUUUCACGUGUGUCUCCAGCGGUUAUAAGGUAAAAUAGGUCUAAAACAAGUGUCAUUUAUAUUUACAAUCCCCUUUCUCCCAACAGAUUACUCAUUUACCCAGCUUUUAUCAAUAGCUCUUAAUCAAGUCGUAAAUUACAGUGCAUGGAGAAUAUUUUUUUCUGAUUAGAAAUAACACCAAAGUAGAUGCUUUUUCCACUUGGAACCGGCAGGGAAUUAAGUAAACUCGGGUCGGACUUUCCCCCUAACCCCCCACAGCCAGCCCGGCUAAAGGGCCAGCUCUAUGUGCAGGGUAAAACAGAGUAAAGCUGGGGUGGUAACGUCUACAGUGGCCUUGUGCCAUAAGACUAUCAGACCGGUGACUGAGACUAUCAGACCGGUGACUGAGACUAUCAGACCGGUGACUGAGACUAUCAGACCGGUGACUGAGACUAUCAGACCGGUGACUGAGACUAUCAGACCGGUGACUGAGACUAUCAGACCGGUGACUGAGACUAUCAGACCGGUGACUGAGACUAUCAGACCGGUGACUGAGCUAGACCGGUGACUGAGCUAGACCGGUGACUGAGCUAGACCGGUGACUGAGCUAGACCGGUGACUGAGCUAGACCGGUGACUGAGCUAGACCGGUGACUGAGCUAGACCGGUGACUGAGCUAGACCGGUGACUGAGCUAGACCGGUGACUGAGCUAGACCGGUGACUGAGCUAGACCGGUGACUGAGCUAGACUCUAGCCAUUCUGUGUAGCUUCCAGGAGCUUAGAGAGGCAGCAGGACAGUGACCCUGUGCCUACAGUUACGAACAACAACUCCAUUCAGAAUAUUAAGCAGCAGCCGACCUGUUGGCUAUUGGUCGGUGGCAGCAGCCUACCUGUUGGCUAUUGGUCGGUGGCAGCAGCCUACCCGUUGGCUAUUGGUCGGUGGCAGCAGCCUACCCGUUGGCUAUUGGUCGGUGGCAGCAGCCUACCUGUUGGCUAUUGGUCGGUGGCAGCAGCCUACCUGUUGGCUAUUGGUCGGUGGCAGCAGCCUACCUGUUGGCUAUUGGUCGGUGGCAGCAGCCUACCUGUUGGCUAUUGGUCGGUGGCAGCAGCCUACCUGUUGGCUAUUGGUCGGUGGCAGCAGCCUACCCAUUGGCUAUUGGUCGUUGUAGUCCAUCCUUCUCCUUUAACUUUUCAUUCCAUAAUUUUAAUUGCAUCUUCUAUUGAUUAAAUACGGUGCCUUCAGAAAGUAUUCAUACCCCUUGACUUAUUCCACAUUUUGUUGUUUCAGCCUGAAUUCAAAAUGGAUUAAAUAGUUUUUUCACCCAUCUACACACAAUACCCCAUAAUGAAAAAGCAAAAAAACAGGUUUAUAGAAAUGUAUUCAAGUCUUGCCAUAGAUUUUCAAGUAGAUUUAAGUCAAAACUGUAACUCGGCCACUCAGGAACAUUCACUGUCUUCUUGGUAAGCAACUCCAGUGUAGAUUUGGUCUUGUGUUUUAGGUUAUUGUCCUGCUGACAGGUGAAUUCAUCUCCCAGUGUCUGGUGGAAAGCAGACUGAACCAUUCCGUUUCUUUUUUUUAUCCUGAAAAACUGCCGCGUCCUUAACGAUUACAAGCAUACCCAUAACAUGAUGCAGCCACCACUAUGCUUGAAAAUAUGGAGAAUGGUACUCAGUAAUGUGUUGUUUUGGAUUUGCCCCAAACUAUAAUACUUUGUAUUCAGGGCAAAAAGUUAAUUCCUUUGCUACAUUUUCUGCAGUAUUACUUUAGUGCCUUGUUGCAAACAGGAUGCAUGAAUAUUUAGAAUAUUUGUAUUCUGUACAGGCUUCCUUCUUUUCACUCUGUCAUUUAGGUUAGUAUUGUGUAGUUACUACAAUGUUGUUGAUCCAUCCUCAGUUUUCUCCUAUCACAGCCAUUAAACUCUGUAACUGUUUUAAAGUCACCAUUGGCCUCAUGGUGAAAUCCCUGAGCUGUUUCCUUCCUCUCCGACAACUGGGUUAGGAAGGACGCCUGUAUCUUUCUAUUGACUGGGUGUAUUGAUACACCAUCCAAAGUGUAAUUAAUAACUUCACCACGCUCAAAGGGAUAUUCAAUGCUUUAUUCUACCAAUCGGUGCCCUAUUUAGCGAGGCAUUGGGAAACCUCCCUGGUCUUUGCCCUAUUUAGCGAGGCAUUGGGAAGCCUCCCUGGUCUUUGCCCUAUUUAGCGAGGCAUUGGGAAGCCUCCCUGGUCUUUGCCCUAUUUAGCGAGGCAUUGGGAAGCCUCCCUGGUCUUUGCCCUAUUUAGCGAGGCAUUGGGAAGCCUCCCUGGUCUUUGCCCUAUUUAGCGAGGCAUUGGGAAGCCUCCCUGGUCUUUGCCCUAUUUAGCGAGGCAUUGGGAAGCCUCCCUGGUCUUUGCCCUAUUUAGCGAGGCAUUGGGAAGCCUCCCUGGUCUUUGCCCUAUUUAGCGAGGCAUUGGGAAGCCUCCCUGGUCUUUGCCCUAUUUAGCGAGGCAUUGGGAAGCCUCCCUGGUCUUUGUGGGUGAAUCUGUGUUUGAAAUUCACUGCUCGACUGAGGGACCUUACAAAUAAUUGUAUAUGUGGGGUACAGAGACGAGGUAGUUGGUCAAAAUUAAUGUUAAACACUAUUAUUGCACACAGAGUGAGCCCAUGCAACUUAUUAUGUGACUUGUUAAGCACAUUUUUACUCCUGAACUUAUUUAGGCUUGCCAUAACAAAGGGGUUGAAUACUUACUGACUCAAGACAUUUCAGCUUUUGAUUUUUUAUUAAUUUGUAAGUCAUAAUUCCACUCUGACAUUAUGGGGUAUUGUGUGUAGGCCGGUGACAGAACAUCGACAUUUAAUCCAUUUUAAAUUCAGGCUGUAAAACAACAAAACUUGGAAAAACUCAUGGGGUGUGAAUACUUUCUGAAGGCACUGUAUCUCCUCACUUUAGCCCCACAGAGGCUCUAGGGCUGUAGCCUAGUGGCGCUUUGAUGACUUCUGAUUGGCCAACAACAACAACAAGCUACACGCGCCACUCUGAUUGGCCAACAACAACAAGCUACACGCGCCACUCUGAUUGGCCAACAACAACAAGCUACACGCGCCACUCUGAUUGGCCAACAACAACAACAAGCUACACACGCCACUCUGAUUGGCCAACAACAACAACAAGCUACACGCGCCACUCUGGUGUUGCCAACAACAACAACAAGCUCCACGCGCCACUCUGAUUGGCCAACAACAACAACAACAAGCUACACGCGCCACUCUGGUGAAAAGCAAAAGGGCAGCAGCAUAAAUUAUACAAUUUCUCUCUCUACUGCAGCAGUCGCGUCCGGAUCUGUACGGGUCCAUCCGGACAAGUCAUUUAAAAAUUACACAUACCCGAGACCCGUGACAAUCAUAUCAGAUCUGACCCGUGACAUUAUUUAGAAUUCCCUGGAUCCGGAUCCACUCGGCUCCCACAUCGGGUCUCGGGUACUCGGGUCCGGGUGGAUCCGUGAACACCUCUAGCAUGAGGUGUUGAAAGCAAUUUAGAAACUUUCACUCAAUAAAUAAAAAUAAAAAAAUCACAUUGAAUUCGACAGAUCAGACUAAUUGAAUAAAACAGGUUGAAUGAAACAAAGUAUAAUUUUCUAAUAAUUCCAAUCAAUAAAAGCACUUCAGAUGAACAAAGGCGUCGUCCCACUUUUUUUUUUAGUGUGCAUUGGUUUCCAGUCCAGUUCUAUUAUGCAUCCUCCUAUUGUGUAUGGAAGACAGCCUAAGCAUUAUAUAGGCCAAAGGUCAUUGGCUUAAUCUUCCUCAUGAUGAGCUCAGACCAAAGCAUCAGGUAAACCAAUAUUGCAUCAUGUGUUAUGACUGUUGUGACUUUAUGAUCCAGAGUAGACUCUUCCCUGUUCUCUCCACACACAGACAGACCACCGUUGUUUCUGUGCUGUAGAGUUGAGAAGGACGAGAGAGAGGCAGCGUUGGAAUUGGGUAAAUGUCACUAUCCCACGGUCGUUGUAGCCAAUGAGCUGGCUGAGAUGGCCCCAGAGUACUCCCCGAGUCCCGCCUGUUGA